CCGAGACCGGCCAGGUGGCUGCCAGCCGGUGAGAUGGUGAUCACCAGGUCGGGGCGGCCGCAGGCCGACAUCCAAGCUACGUCGCCUGAAAGCUCCAGGCAGAAGUGUGCGUUCUCUGGCUUACAGAAUUCUGCUGAAAGAAUUCAGUUGAAUCCAAAAGGCAGGAAGGAAUCUCCAUCUGAUGACUCAAGUACUGCUGAAUCACAGAGCAAUAGGAAACAAAGUCCAAUCCCUAAAUCUGGAAAGAGGAAGAGCAGAACUAGAGCCUCAUUCUCAGAAAUGAACAAACCAGCUACUGAUGGAGAGACAUCUGAAGCAGAGUCAAGUUGUUCUGUGUCUGAGCCCCAGAAUUCCAUUUUAAGAAUAACUAGAAGAAGGCAAAUCUUAGUUGCAUGCACCCCAGUGUCCAGUGUUAGGAAAAGGCUGAAAAUAACUUCAAUAAGUGAGUCUCAGACUGAAGAAGAAGUCUCUGAAGCAGAAUCGCAUGCUUCAGGUAUUUCUAGAAUUGUGCCUUCUACGAGAACCAGAAGUAAGGCUAAAUACCUAACAGAUCCAAGCCAAGAAUUACAUUCAGAAGCUAUUUCUGAUGCUGAAUCAUCAUGCUCAGAAAUUUCGACGUUUUCUGGUAUUGCGACUAGAACAACAAGGAGUAUGCAGAGGAAAUUACAGGCACAAACAGAGGAGAAAGAUACUAAAAUUAUACCAGGAAAUGAAAAGCAAAUGAUAAAUACAUCUAUGAAUUCAGAUACUAGACAAACUUCUUGUUUACAAGCAAGAUCUCUUUCUCAGAUAAAUAAGCCAAAUUUCUCUAAUGAAAUCUGUAAUGACAUUGAUAAUGAUUCCGUCCAUGGAAAGUCAGGAAAAAAACCAACAGUGCAAAAAUGCCAACGUCUUAAUAGAAAGGAAAAACAGGCCAAUGUUGCACCUCUCAAAGAAAUAACAAAGCAGAAUUGUAAGAGUUUAGAUGAAGAAGCUGAAGGAAUGAUAGAUAAGGGGAAAGAAAUUAAUGAGAAAAAUUCUGAGUUGAGUUUUCCUGAACUUCAGGACGCUGGGCUUCAGCAGUUAAUUUCUCAAAAGCAUUCAACCCCCCAAAAUAACAAAACUACAUCAAAGCCCUCAAGUCUGAACUCUGAGGCUAUAAUGAAAUCAUUAGCUCAAACAUUUGCAGUUGUGGAAAUAGACAGAUGGACUGAAGAGAGAAAGAGCACCAUACAAAGAAGUGACUUAGCAUCUAGUGAUGGCGGUGGUAGUGAAGAAGAGUGCACAAUUAUAGCUGACAGUGAAGACAUGAAUGAAGAAAGAGAUGUAGAUUUUGAGUGUGAUACCAAACUGUACAAGUCUGAGCUCAACACAUCUCAGGAUGAUUCUGUUUUAUUACUUCUCAGCAGUGAUGAAAGCCAGCAGUCUGAAAACAGUGAGAAUGAAGAGGACACUAUGUGUUUUGUUGAAAAUAGUGUUCAAAGGGGCUCAUUACAUGGAGACUCAGAAAAUAAGUUAUGUGACAAUGCAUUGUUUGUAAUUGACACAACUCCUGGAUUAAGUGCUGAUAAAAAUUUUUACUUGGAUUCGGAAGACAAGGCAAGUGAGGUUGCCAUUGAGGAAGAAAAAGAGGAGGAGGAUGAAAAAAGUGAAGAACCAUCAGACCAAGAUGAAAAUGAAGAUGAGUUUAGUGAUGAAGAUGACUUACUAAGUGGCACAACGUCUAAACUUCUGAAGUUGACAAGCAGCAGCAUAGACCCUGGUCUGAGUAUCAAGCAAUUGGGUGGUUUGUAUAUAAAUUUUAAUGCAGACAAACUACAAUCAAACAAGAAAACCCUAACACAGAUCAAGGAGAAAAAGAAAAAUGAGAUUAUGCAGAAAGCCAUCAUUACUCCUGAUUUUGAAAAAAACUACUGUGUCCCACCAUAUCGUGAAUCAAAACAUCAGCUUCAAAAACAACGUAGAAAAGAACGACAAAAAACAGCAGGUGAUGGCUGGUUUGGUAUGAAAGCUCCAGAAUUAACAGAUGAACUAAAAAAUGAUCUCAAAGCACUGAAGAUGAGAGCUGGCAUGGACCCAAAAAGGUUUUAUAAGAAAAACGACAGGGAUGGCUUCCCUAAGUACUUCCAGAUUGGCACCAUUGUUGACAAUCCAGCUGACUUCUACCAUUCACGAAUUCCCAAGAAGCAAAGGAAGAAAACUAUUGUGGAAGAACUGCUGGCCGAUUCUGAGUUUAGAAGAUACAACCGGAGGAAGUACUCAGAGAUCAUGGCUGAAAAAACAGCAAAUGCAGCAGGAAAGAAGUUCCGAAAGAAGAAGAAAUUUCGCAAUUAAGAUUCGCCAAGCAGACCACAAUAUUUUACCUCUCCCCUUUAUUUAUUUACCAAAGAUGUCUUUCGAAACCAGCACCAUCACAAAAAAUUAACAUAGACUGGCCCUAUUUAUUUAUAGGGAUUUUUCUGUUUGGAAAAGUUGAUUUGAGUGAGAUUCGAUCAUGUGCCCCUUGGAGUAAAAGUAGAUGUGUCUACAAAAAUCCCACCCAUGCUUAGACCCAUAGAGGGGGGAAAAGGAAGAGAACGUUAACAAACUUAAUGGACAUUUUGUAAAGUUUUCAAUGCUUGGUUAUUAAAGAAAAUUGAAUUAAAAGAUUUAGAAAGUAUAACGUUUGUUAACAUUCAAAAAACUUGAAUAUGAUCAAAGAUAUAUGUAACCAAAUUGUAAUUAACAGUAUUUUAAUUAAAGAUGUAGGGGGUGGGGUGUGUGUAAGGGAAAGAGAGUAGACAGGAAAUGCUCUUUUGUUAGCUGUAAAUUUAGGUCCAAAAAAUACAGAGAUCUGGACUGAGAUGCACAGAUCUACUUGUGGCCAGUAUAAAAGUCAUAGUUGAAACUAAAGGAAUGAUACAAAAGGACUUAAAAAUAAUGAAGACUACCUAGAAAGAUUGGGUUAAAGCUGAUGAAAGAAGGACUUCCAAAAUACCUUAAGAUCUUGAACAAUUUCUAAAAUAGCCUGUCUUGUUUCAAAAUGUUUUUAAGACAGCUUAUUUAAAAAAUGCAUACAACACAGCUAUUUUUUUAAGUGAAGAAAUUAGAGAAAGGAAAUUGAGGAUGGAAUAAAUUAGAUGAAGCCAGGGUGAAAGUUAAUAAAACAAUUCUGUGACACAUGGUAAAGGUGGGCUGUGAACUUUCUAACAUCUAACAAAAAAUCAGUUCUGUGUCAGUGUUCUGCCAUAAGAUAAAAACAACUACUUUAAAGAAACAUUCCUAUUAUUAAGACCUGAGAAAACGUCCUUGGGUCCUUCCCAUAACAAGAAUGUGAGAUGAGAGGCAAUACUUGGCUAUCGAGACCAUAAAUGGCAGAGUUUUUUAAGAAAAUGAAAAGGGGUAAGGGGCAGGGAGGCUGUAUAGCAAAGUUCAAUAGAACCUUGAGUAAAGUUUUGGGAUAAAUUCAUGGGAUCCUACUCUUAGAAAUAGCAAGUUAGAAGAAAACAUGCUCAUAUGAAAAAAAAAUUUUAAUACUAUUGCAAUUCAGUCUCAAGCAAUGGCAACUAUUCAGAAUAACUACCUAUAAUAUUUUCAGUUAGUGUUAAAACAAAAAAGACUUUCUAGGUAAUCAAUUCCUUAAGCAUCUAAUUAAAGGGUAAAAUUCAUCUCAUUGUUACACAAUUUAAAAGUAAUGUUUCCUGUUUUAAAAGUAAAGAAGGAAUGCUUCCACUUACUAAUAGUUUCCAUGAAGCAGGGUCAACAGCAUGACCUGUAAUUAAAUGUCAUAGCAGAUCAGUGUUUUAUCAAAGAAAAUAUCUCAAAAUGAAAUGUGAAAUUAGGUAUGGGGAGUUUCUGAAAUGGAAAAGGUUAUUAAUAAAUACUCACUAAACACCAACUGUAAGACAAAAACUGUUUUAGCCUCAGGUGACAGGUGGUUCAUAGUGCAUGUUCGUUCCAGUUGUCCCUGCAUUACAAAUUACCCCAAAAAUCAGUGACUCAGAAUAACCAUUGUUUUCAUUGUAUCUCAUGAUUUGAUGGGGCACGGCAUGGUGCUUUUACAUGCUAUUGAAUUAGUAGUAUUUAGCUGACAGCUAAGCAAAUCUGGAAGGUUUGAAACGCUUCCCCAACAUGUCUGGCACCUUGUAAUGUUCUCUUAAAAGUAGGAUGAUAAUUAAAAUUUUUCUUAGUUUAAACAGUAUAACAUAAAAAUUGCUAUAAAAACAAAACAAAACCCACAAAUUUUGUGUGGCACUGAAGGUUCUAGCAUGGUUAAAUGGCCUCAGCAUGUAGUAUUUAGGACGUUCUACUUCCCAUGUACCUCCUUCAUAGUCGCUCUCUAAGGUAAGGAAAGUUACCAGAUUGAAGUGAAUAAGGUUGCUAUAUUAAGAGGUCACCAUGUGUAGUCACCCUUGCCCUAUUAGGGAGAAGCCUGUCAUCCUCUUCCAAACAAGCGGAAAUUGAACUUGGGGCAUUCCUGAGCCAGACUUUUUCUAUUAAAGGUAAGGGAUGAUGGGUUAUUCUUAAGGCUUACCUGAGAAGUCCUGCAGUCAGGGUGCUCUUCUAGCACCGAGUGGUACUUCCACUUUGGCAGUUCUUCCUUAUGGUUACAACCUACUUAGAAGAUUUGCAAAGCAGGGACUGGUAGGACUCAGGCACCAA